UCAUCUCUCGCUCGAUUCGGUCGUCCGGUUGUUCGCUAUAGUGAGUUGUUCUCCGGUGGAAGUUAAAUAAUUCGCGAAAGCGCACACAGACUGCUUUGUGCUGCUGCAAAUUUCCCUGGCCCUUGCUGCCGAAUUUGCAAAAUUACUCCUCCGUUGGGCGUCUUGCUCAUUUUUCCUCAGCAACAACCAGCAACGCUAGUGUACUGCUUCGCCAAAACGUCGGAAUGUGUUGAAAUUCCAUCGCUGUCUGUCUGUUCCUGCUUCCUCCCAUACGUUCUGCUGCUGCGCUGAUCUGAUUGUUCAAGUGUCGCGAUUAGCAAACAAAAUAAUCCAAUAUUGUGUGCGCUCUUCGUUUUGCAGUGACGCAAAGAAAGAAAAAUUGAUCAUUCCGGAAGUCCUGGUUGGUGAUUGGUGUUAGUGUUCUACUAGGUGGAAAAAAAUUGAAUAGUAGAUUUCGCGAGCACACAGCCAACGCCAAAAGAAUGUCAAUGAAAAGCGCUUGGCUACGAGAUUGAAGAAGCUUCAUCAGUCAACGAUUCGCGAUGAGCGUUUAGUGUGAAGGAGCAGAAGGUGGUGUGGUGGUGGUGCCAAGCAAUAAAAAAAUGAAAGUGAAAGCGCCUUCGCCUACUUUAGUCGCCGCCGUUGUCACUCCGACGCUGCCAAUGGCCGAGGAGAGUCUUGUGUAAAUAAAAUUGUUAUUUGCAAAAAAAAAAUACACACCUAAGUGCCACCCUCAUCCGCUGAAAAUAAGCCAACGGGGCGCCGCUCUGUAGAUUGAAAUAACAAUAUUCGCCCUGAUGCCGUAGGAGGGUGCAGCGUUUGUUCCGGAAGCAAUUAGUUCCACCUGUGCGCGCAGCGAGAGAUAAGUUACCUGAAUUGUCAAUAGUGCUGUUUUAGUGGCUGUGGAAUCUAUCCAAUAUUAGCAUCAUCAGCAUCGAUUGCUAGGGCGGCUGCAGUGAAAUUUAUAGUAAACAACCCGAGUGAACCCAACUAGUGGCUGUAAAUUUAGUGAAGAGCGGAAGCCGUUUAGGUUUCGAAUGCCCUCUGGCACCGGCAACUCUUGGUGGUGAUUGUGGAUAGGAAUCCUUUAAUCUUUCGAGCAGCAACACGGAAACAGGGACGGAGAAGCGGUGGAGUGGCACCUUAGAGCAGCAGAGGUGAACAAGAUGGAAAAUUCAGGCUCACUUCCAUUUCUUCUAGUCACAGCGAACGUCGGCAGCGUUUUUGAGGACCCUUCCCGUCUGCUCGCCAUCUGGAUCAAGGAAUUUCUCAACCAUGUGGUAACCCGUCGGCCGGCCUUCAUCGCGCUGCACCUGCAGGAGGUGGGCGGUAAAACGUACGAAAAGUCCAUGGAGUACGUGCAGGAAUUCAUCAAGAAUCUGUGCGAAUCGCCCGAACUGACGGAGUACAACCGGAUUCGGGUGUACCUGGACGAGGACUACAACUCGGCGGAACACUUCACGGCCCUGGGCAAUCUUUACUUCGCCAUUCGCACCAUCGACCAUCUGCAGAUGUGGAAUUUUCUCACGCAUGAAUGGGAGACGGUCGAGGACAAAAACAUUCACACCGGCAAUAUUGAACCGAUUGCAACCAAAGAAAAGGCCAAGUUUCCCCAGCAAUUCUUCCCGGAGUGCAAAUGGUCUCGCAAGGGCUUCCUGCGAACUCGCUGGUGCGUCAAUGGGACCGUGUUCGAUCUGGUCAACAUCCAUCUGUUUCACGACGCUUCCAACCUGGCUGCCUGCGAGGAGUAUCCAUCGGUGUACUGCAAAAGCCGGCGGCGGGCGCUGGUGCACACGCUCGAAAGAUUUCACAAGGAUAAGGUUAACAGUGCCGUGCCAUAUUUUGUCUUCGGUGACUUCAAUUUUCGAUGUGACACGGAAGGGGUUGUCAAGAAACUGACUGAGGAUCUCACAAUGCACCGAAUUCCACACGCAAAAACCGACAACACCAAGGUUCAGUACCGUGACUCCGAGGGUGCCAACGUACUUACGGUGGGCAAGAAAGAGUUCUUCCACACUGACCAAAGCACAUUCAAGGAAAACUGGCUGCGCCAGUUCGAUCGCGAGCUGGAUUCGCUCCGCAGCAUACUGUUCGAAUAUCCAAUCACAUUCCCGCCGUCCUACCCGUAUGAGGAGGACCCCCAGCAACCGGGCAGCUACAUGUCCACCCGCUGUCCGGCCUGGUGCGACCGGAUACUGAUCAGCCCAGCGGCCCGCAAACUGAUUGACGAAGAACGGGAAAACGGCAAAGCCCAGAGCGGGAUAGUACCCAAAGGUACCUACGGUAUCAUCGGCGAAUCGGUCUGCAUGGGUGAUCAUAAGCCGGUUUAUCUCAAUAUACGAAUUAAGACAAGUCAAGGUAUUUUAAAUUACUGUUCCUGUGAUACGCAUGCGCAUAAACGUGUUGAACACUCUUCCAAUAAUAGUUCUAUGAUUGUUAGUAAUAAUAACAAUAGCUGUAGUAUUACUUUAGUUAGCAAAUCAUUCUAUAGUAGUGAAGCUAGAAGUGUCAACAGCGGCAACACCCACAACAAUAACAACAGCAUACGAACUCCCACUCUUGCUAACGAACCGAAGCCUCCUUCACGCGGCAUCACUUAUGAUCCCAUUUCAAGCACGAGCACCACUGCUAUAACAAUCACUACUCCCGCCACUAGCUCCAACAACAACAACAACAACCGCUGUCUAUCACCGCUGCCUAACAAACCUCACUGUUCGUACUGUUUCGACCGUAUUCAGUCCACCUUCGAUCAGAUCCUGUCCGUGCUGGAAUUACCCCCGGGUAUGUGUCCCUCUACCGAGAACGACACCCUACCCAGUGGUGAUGAAUCGAAUGACUCCUGCAAAGCAGUCACGAAAACCGCAGACGAACCAACCAAAGCUCCGAAGGCACCGUUGCCGGUUCGAAUCAGCGUGUUCGACACGGACAGCAACGCCAACGUUUGCAUGUGUUCAUUGUACAGCAGUAGCUUUAGUCUGGUGGGUGGCGAGCAACCAAAGCGCAGCCGGUCCGGUUCGGUCAGCUGUCCCACCGUAGAACCCGCCGCGGAGCCCGCACCGAGCAGCCAAAUAUGUCCAAACUGUCGGAACAUCAUCAAACAUCAACCGAUCGAACAUCGAAAGACACUCAUCUCGCGCAGACUGAUGUUAGCUAACGAUAUCAUUGUGAACCGCAUUGACACCCACUAUCUAAACACUUAUACCACACCCACAGGCAUGUCUACCCCCGGUGGCACGAUCAAUCAGUUCGAGCCGUACACUCCGGAGAGUGUGGAAUCGCACUCGCCUGUGCCGGAGAGUGCCUACGAGGGUAGGUUAGAAUUUCUUGAAUCUCAAAAUAUCCCACUGUUGGCAAUCUCUGCCACCGAUCCCAGUCAAACUCAGCCAAACAAUGCGGAACCAAAGCUAGUAGCCAAUAUGGACAAAAAGCAAUCAAUUGCUAACAACACCGCCGGUGGUAAUAACAGCACCGGUACCAUCAGCUGCGGAGGGGUAUCGCCCAGGCAGCUGAAAUCUCGACUGGAGAAGCUCAAACGAAUCUCGGAUCGGCGGAAACAGUACCAGCAGAGCAAAAAUGCCAACAACAGCGGAGGAACGUUGAUCGCUGCCACCAGCGAAGGAGGAGAUGAACCAGUGACGGAAAAAUCCUCCACCCUAGAUGGAAGCCUCGGCCUGAAGGAGGAGCUGGCGUUCGGUUCGAUGGCGAAGGAUGGUGGUGUCAUCGCUAUCGAUGGAGCUGCCGCCGGGCAGCGCCUCGGGUCGGAUCGCGCCACCGAUCGGAAGCUGGUGAACUGCUGCCGGCGACACUGUUGCACUAUUUCGUAGUAUCUACCCCGCGUAGAGGAGCCGGCCGGAUUGUACAUUGUUUGUGGCGUGUGUUUCUGUUGUACUUAUAUGCGAGAUAAUUUUAGCUAGAUAUUUUUUUUGUGGUUUAUUUUUUUGCGCAGGAAAAGAAGCGAGAAAGUAAAACAAGUUGUUUUUAUUCUA